AUGUCUGGCCCUCCGUCACGCCUCCGCUCAAUCCUCAACCACCUCUUGCCAGCUGCUCCGCCCCCGGCGCACAUCCACCACCUCUCACCCACGUUUUUCCUAGAACGCGCCGCGUCCAUUGAGCCCAAUGCCGACGCCGUCGUGCACAUCACCGCCAACGGCGUCAGCAUUCGCCGCUCCUACCAGCAGACGGCGGACCGCGCCCGAGGUCUCGCGUACUACCUCAAGAAGCACGGCCUGAAACGUGUUGGCAUCCUCGCGCCCAACACGCCCGCCUUCCUGGAGUCGCUGUAUGGAAUUGUGGCCGCUGGCGGUGUUGUUGUUCCCGCAAACUACCGCCUCAAGCCGGAUGACAUUGCCUACAUCUUUGAGUUUGCCGAGGUGGACUCCAUCAUUGUGGACAAGGAGUUUGAAGAGCUUCUAAGUGCCUACAAAUCCAAGCACAGCAAAGUCCCAAUCAUCGUGGAUAAUGAUACUGACGUCCUCAACGGCCCGCAUGCAGGCCAGUAUAAUCAAGCUGUAACAGAGGGUCUUGCUUACGAUGCCGAGCAAGGUGCCAAGGGCUGGGCUGGGCUUCACGCACAUGCAGACAACGAAGAUGACAUGCUUGCCAUCCCUUUUACUUCCGGCACAACGUCCAAACCCAAGGGCGUCGUCUAUACCCACCGAGGCGCCUACCUUGCUGCUGUCGCGAACAUUAUCGAGUCUGGUCUGAAUCAUGGUCGCUGCAAAUAUCUAUGGACGUUGCCCAUGUUUCACGCCUGCGGAUGGACGUUUCCAUGGUCCAUUGUCGCGGUGCGUGGUGUAAAUGUGUGUCUGCGCAAAAUCGAUUAUCCAGUAAUUUGGCGCCUCCUCAAGGAUGAAGGCGUCACCCACUUCAACGCUGCGCCGACUGUCAACACGUUGCUUGUGGCUGCAAAAGAGGCCACCAAACUACCGAAUCCAGUACAAGUGACUGUCGCAGCCAGUCCGCCCACUGGCCAUCUGUUUGAGCAAAUGACCAACUUGAACCUGAUGCCAGUACACGUUUACGGAAUGACGGAAACAUACGGCCCUAUAACCAAAUGCUACACCAUGCCUGAAUGGGACAGUCUUCCCCCAGCCGAAAAAUACGCCAAGAUGGCACGUCAAGGACACGGCUUCAUCACCAGCCUGCCCAUCCGCAUUAUCAAGCCGGACCAGCCCGAAGACGUUCUCAUCGACGUUGCCAAGGACGGCAAGGAGAUUGGCGAGAUUGUCUUUUUCGGCAACAUCUGCGCCAAGGAAUACUACAAGGACGCCGCCGCCACCAAGAAGCUGUUUGCCGGCGGCGGCCUGCACUCGGGCGACCUCGCCGUUUGGCACCCCGACGGCAGCGCGCAGAUCCUGGACCGCGCCAAGGACAUCAUCAUCUCGGGCGGUGAGAACAUCUCCUCGGUCGCCCUGGAGAGCAUGCUAGUGCAGCAUCCCGACGUGCUCGAGUGCGGCGUCGUGGCCGUUCCCAGCACGCAGUGGGGCGAGGUGCCCAAGGCGUACAUCACCGUCAAAGAGGGCAAGUCCAUGCAGGGCGCGGACCUGAUUGCCUGGGCCAAGGACAACAGCGCCAUCAGUAGGUUUAUGGUGCCCAAGGAGGUCGAGAUCGUGGCGGACCUGCCCAAGACGAGCACGGGCAAGAUUAAGAAGAAUGACUUGCGCGAUUGGGCAAAGACCGGUCGCACGUCUACUUAA